AUGAAGAUCUUCGCCGCCGACAUCUCCAUUUCCACCCUCAACAACCCCAAUCCAAACGCGAAACACGUGAUUUCCAAGUACAGCGACCUCAGCGUCACCCUCGAUUUCCCCUCGAACAACCUCAAGUUCUACCUCGUCCGCGGCAGUCCCUUCGUGACCUGCAAAAUCAGGCGCAAGGUCCCGCUCUCAAUUUCGACCAACCACACGAUUCGAGCCCUAAUCCCUAACACCGACCUCACGAAAUACACAAUCAAGCUCAACAACAGCCAGACAUGGCUGCUGUACGCCUCGCCACCUGUAAAAUUGACCUUGAACAAAAACAGCAUCAGCAGCUCGACCGAGUAUUCCGGGCUGAUCCGAAUAGCCGUCCUACCCGACCCGAAAUCCGAAUCCGUUCUGGAUCGGUACAGCUCCUGCUACCCCGUGAGCGGCGAAGCUCUUUUCAACGAACCUUUCAGGAUCGACUACAGAUGGAAGAGAGAAGGGUCGGGAGAUUUGCUAAUCCUAGCCCACGCCCUCCAUCGCCGCCUCCUCUCAGCUGACUCCUCAGUUACUGUGCUCGAGAAUUUGAAGUACAACAGCGUGGACGGUGAGCUCGUUGGCAUUGUCGGCGAUUACUGGACCAUGAAAACCCAGCCUGUGCCGGUGACCUGGCACUCAAUCGAAGGAAUUAACAAACAAUACUACUCUGAAAUCAUCCAAGCUCUCGAUAAGGACGUUGAGUCCCUCAACGCCAGCUCAAUCUCCACCAAAUCUUCCUAUUUCUACGGGAAAUUGGUCGCUCGAGCCGCCAGGCUGGUGCUGAUAGCCGAGGAAGUUUCUCACCUCGAUGUGAUCCCAACUAUCCGGAACUUCUUGAAGAAGACGAUCGAGCCCUGGUUGGACGGCACUUUCAAUGGCAACGGGUUUUUGUACGAUCCGAAAUGGGGCGGGCUCGUGACCGAACAAGGCUCGUUAGAUCAAACGGCCGAUUUUGGAUUCGGGAUUUUCAACGAUCACCAUUAUCACAUCGGCUACUUCAUCUACGGGAUAUCCGUGCUAGCCAAGAUCGAUCCCGAUUGGGGGAGAAAAUACGAGCCUCACGCUUACUUCUUGAUGGCCGAUUUCAUGAACCGCCGGAGGAGGAGAAAGGGGAAUAAUAAUAUUAAUAAUUCGAGCUACACUCGUCUGAGAUGCUUCGAUCUUUACAAAAUGCACUCGUGGGCCGGUGGGCUUACCGUUUUUGCCGAUGGGCGCAAUCAAGAAAGCACGAGUGAGGCUGUUAACGCGUACUAUUCGGCAGCUCUAAUGGGGAUGGCUUAUAAAGACACAAGCUUGUUAUCUUUCGGGUCGACUCUAUUGGCUCUUGAAAUGAAAGCUGCCGAAACUUGGUGGCACGUGAGGAAAGACAAUUAUCUGUAUCCCGAGAAGUUCGUUAGGGAUAAUAGGGUUUGUGGGGUGCUGUGGUCGAGCAAGAGGGAUAGCGGGCUUUGGUUUGCGCCUCCCGAGUCGAGAGAGAGCAGGCUCGGGAUUCAGCUGCUUCCACUUUUGCCGGUUAGUGAGGUUUUGUUCUCUGAUUUGCAGUACGCAAAGGAGCUUGUUGAUUGGACUGUACCAGCUUUGAAGAGGGAAGGGGUAGCGGAAGGGUGGAAAGGCUUUUUGUACGCGUUGAGAGGGGUUUAUGAUCCGAAGGAGGCUUUGGAGAGUAUUCGGAAGUUGAAAGGGUUUGAUGAUGGGAAUUCUUUGACGAAUCUUUUGUGGUGGGUUUACAGCAGAAGGGUGAAUGGGAGCUUCAAGUACUAG